AAUCUCAAUCAAAGCGAGGACAUAAAAGGCCAUGUCGUUGCCAAUCAACGCCGCAUUCGACGGAAUCCCAUCAUCAACGCGCACCUGACGAAAAUGGAGAAUAGCUUAUUAGUUUUAUGGCUGCUUUUGGGCAUCACCACAGCAUCUGGUAAGGCCGAACUUACAGAUGCAUCCGCUAUCUGCAGAAUAUCCGAUCCCUGGCAAAUGCUGCCCCACAAAGACCACUGCCAAAGGUUCUAUGUUUGCACUGGCGACGACGACCUGCCCAUCCAGGAGUUUAGCUGUCCGGCGGAGUAUCAUUUUAGCAAGAAGCUGAUGAUUUGUGUGCCCGGAGUAUGCACCGAAGAAUCCGCAUUUUGUGGACUUGCGAAUAGUGUGGAGCGAAUCCAAGGCGAUUGCUCGCGUUAUCGACAAUGCCUGGAGCGAGGAUCCUUUGCCGUGGCCAAGUGUUCCGUAGGAAACUACUUUGAUCCGGCCCGAAGAGCCUGCCUCCCAGUGACCAUAAGUGCAGCACAUCAGUGCAGCUGUGUGCUGCCGGAGAAUGCCACCCUGGCGAAUCCAAGCGACUGUGAGACAUAUUUCCGCUGUCGCUCCGGACAGGCCGAGCUGGUCCAGUGUCCAUCAGGAGACUACUUCGAAGAGCGGGUGAACAGCUGUGUGCCGGACCACACGGGAAUUUGCCUGGAAAAGCCGACAAUGCCGCCGACACUCACAGAGCAAGCUCUUGCUCUGGACGAGUGCAUCCGAACGGGUAGCCGCCUGGCACCGCAUAGCCGAGAUUGCCAGCGUUAUUACGUAUGCGCCAAAGAGAGGGUGCUGGAAAUGCGCUGUGCCAGGGGUCAGUAUUUCGAUGUUGUACAGCGCUACUGUACUCUUGAUCUGGGAAGCGAAUGCCAGGCGGAGAAUGUGCAGGCGGAGAAACAAGACCUGGGGGCGGAGGAUAUUGUCCAGGUGGACAUCUCAGCGGAAAACAAGGUAAAGAUUCAGGCACACAAGCCGGUUCAGAAGUUUUUCGAAAAGGAAGUGGUACUCGAUCAGGAAUUACAAGAGACGCAGGCCAAUGACAAGCUUCCACAGCCCUCAGCCGAGGCAGUCAGCAGCUACGACAAGUUCUCGUCGAAGUUCAUUUCCAUAUAAUCGGUUAAUUUUAAAUAAAGCAAUAUCAGAAGCUGACAAUUAAUAAAGGGGACUAAAUUAUUUUGGUAUUUGCUCGCUGUUUAAAUGUAUUCAAAUUCAAAUUAAUGAAU